AUGUUCACUAGAGCAGUGAUUACGUUAUUGGUACCUGUGAUUUUCGUCACGGACGUAGUUCCGUGGACUAUAGAUUUGCCGGAAGUGAGAAGGUUUUAUUUCGAAAAGUAUUCAAAAUUUGACGACCACGUCCCGAAGUUGGAUGAAAAUCAAACUUUUUUUGAUAAUAUUAACGGAGAUAGUUUGUAUAACACCGACAGGGGACCACAAGACGAAAUUAAUUAUAACAAACUAAAGGAAAAACAUUUUUACGAAACCAAGGAAGAAUAUGACACUAAAGACAAUGUGUACGCAAAAGCAUAUAAUCACGGGGAGUAUAUGGAUUUCCCUCCAAAUAUUACCUCGCCUCUCAGCAUCGGAAACUUUACUGGAUGGCGCGACUUUCAACAGUCGUGUCGACGUGCGACAGAAGCGAGCGAACACGUACGACGACUUGUAGACCUCGCGCUGUGGGCAACAAGGCGACUGCAAGAUGUCGCCUACACUGCCAAAUACAGCAAGGAUGCGAGCAUGGAGGAGAAUGAACUGUUGUUACGUCUCGCGUGGUACCUAGACAAGCUAGCGCAUCUCACCGGGUACGAGCCCAACCCUGAGAGAUACAUCCCGGUUAAAACCAAUAGAAUUCCACCGCCUACCCCACAACUCGCCAAUCCCUUAAACAUAACAGAUGAGAUGAAACAAGAUUUACUGAAGUGUUUGAAGGAAGAUUCAAAGGUACCCGCUACUGAGCGAUGUGCUUUCCCCAAUCCUCCAUCUUUAGCGGAAAUAAUGGCAGCGUUAAGCAGCGCGGGCCAGUCUUCGUCAACGCCUACGGCAGUAUCACCAUCUAAAUCGUCAAAUAUUCCACCAAAAUCAAGUGAUGAUACUUCCAGACCCGCCCUAAAAUCGGAAAUACUAGAGGCGACAUCCACAGACAAUCGAGAUUUUUUGCCGCCAACAUGGACGUUUCACAAAUCCGUUAAUAAACGAUCCGUUUCAGAUGAAACUAAUCCUUUAGUGAAGGUGAUGAAAUAUUACGUAAAACAAAAGGUCUGGGAAUAUUCCAAUCUAAAGAAACCAAACGGUUUGUUAAAGGAAUCUGAGAAUUUUGAUGUGAAAAACGAUUUGCAAACCAAGCACAUUCAGAAACGUGAGGUGUUCAUAAAAAACAAUGAAAUACACGUACCGCCACCUUUACAUAAAGUCAAAGCUGUCGUUCAUAAUGUAGCAGAGAAAAUUAAAACGGUUAAAUCGGCUUUAGUGAAAGCGUACGCAAAGAAAAUUCUUCCUCCAGUUCCGACACACGUAAAGCAUUUCGAAGCGUUUAUACCGAACCAUGAGCACUUUCCAAAACAUUUCAGACGUCGACGAAACGUCUAUAAACCCCACACGUAUUACCGUGACGUAAUAAAACCCAUUGUGCCAUUAAAUCCCCAGAUGGAUAUCAGUUAUUACGUGAAAAACAAAGAAGGCACUAAUUUCAACGCUGAUUUGGUACAAGCAGCUUUAUUGAGAGCAUCUUUAGAAGCUAUAUUCCAAAGAGGGAACAUCGCUGUAAUCCAUAGGUACGGUUCAAAUUAUAAUCCGGCUGUUCCGGCACCGUUCUAUGCCGGCAUAUUAAGGACGGUGAGCGAUGUAUAA